CUCUCCAAGUCUCUAGAUCUCUCUCUCGGUGUAGAUCUCUCUCUCUCGGUGGAGAUCUCUCUGAGUGGUGUAGAUCUCUCUCUUAGUGUAGAGCUCUCUCGGUGUAGAGCUCUCUUAGUGGAGAUCUCUCUUUAGUGUAGAUCUCUCUCUCGGUGUAGAUCUCUCUCUUAGUGUAGAUCUCUCUCUUAGUGUAGAUCUCUCUCUUAGUGUAGAUCUCUCUCUUAGUGUAGAUCUCUCUUAGUGGAGAUCUCUUCUUAGUGUAGAUCUCUCUUUAGUGUAGAUCUCUCUCUCGGUGUAGAUCUCUCUCUCCCUGUGAGAGUUCUCAGUCUCUCUCUGGGUCUCUGUGUCUCCCUCUGGGUCUCUGUCUCUCUCUCUCUCUCUCAGUCUCAGUCUCUCCAUAUCUCUGUCCCUGUGUCUCUCUGUCUCUUCUCUGUGUCUCUGUGUCUCUCUCUGGGUCUCUGUCUCUCUGGGUCUCUGUCUCUCUGAGUCUCUGUGUCUCUCUGAGUCUCUCUGUCUAUCUGAGUCUCUCUGUCUAUCUGUGUCUCUCUGUCUAUCUGUCCCUGUGUCUCUCUGUCUCUGUGUCUCUGUCUCUCUGGGUCUCUCUCUGUCUCUGUAUCUAUCUGUGUCUCUCUCUGAGUCUCUCUGUGUCUCUUUGUCUCUCAGUCUCUCUCUGUCCCUGUAUCUCUGUGUCUCUCUCUGGGUCUCACAUCGAGUCGCUGGAGACUGGGCGCAGCUUCCCGCCUCAGAGUCGCCAUGAACGCCUCUCUGCUGCUGCUCCUCUCGGCGUGUCUAAUCGGCACGUCCCUGGCGCUCACAAUCACGUCGACGGGCGGCGAGGUGAUCCAGAAGCUGCAGGGAGCCUCCGUGUCCCUGGCCUGCGCCUUCUCCGUCACGGCCCAAGACGUCGGAGUCCUGGACAUCGAGUGGAUUUUUGUGCCAUCCGACAAAAAGCCGGGCAUCAUGUUCGCCACUUACACGGGGAGCCGCACGUACACCGACACAUCGCCGGCGCACCGCGGCCGCGUCCGGUUCACGCUCGCCGAUCCGUCGAUGGGUGACGCCUCCGUGGAGCUGUCCCAGCUCGGCACCCACGACACCGGCACCUUCCUGUGCAAAGUGAAGCAGAUGCCCGGCACCGCCAGCCGCACCAUCGCGCUUACCGUCAUGGCGGUCCCGAGUGCCACGCGCUGCUCCAUUAAGAGCGGCUCGCCGGCUGUGGGGGAGGAUCUGGUGCUCGGCUGCGUCAGCACCGAGGGCACCGCCCCCAUCACCUACACCUGGACCUACACGGGAGGCAUCGGCGGCAGCAUGCCGUCCACCGCCAAGCAAGAAAUGGAAGUGGGCACGCUGGCGCUGAAGAACGCGACUCUGGCGUACGCGGGGACGUACCGCUGCACGGCCACCAACACAGUGGGGACAGACUCCUGCGAGCAGCAGCUCCACAUCGCACAGCACAAGGAGACGAACGUGGGGUCCUUGGUGGCGGCCAUCGUGUGCCCCAUCCUCCUCAUCGCGCUCGCCAUCGCCGUGGUCGUGUGCUGCGUGAGGAGGAGGAACCUCAAGAGGAAAGAGAAGGAGCUGUCGCACGUCAUACGGAUGGACGAGUCUCCUCCGCCCCCGUCGUCGCGCUCCCAGUCGCGCUCCUCGCGACCCCUGACCUCCCAGGCCGGCUCCUCGCGACCCCUGACCUCCCACGCCGGCUCCUCGCGACCCCUGUCCUCCCAGGGGGGAGUGGCGUCACGUGCCGGGGGCGGCCCGCCCAGUUUGUUCGGGGGCGGGAAAACUCCAUCGCAGCUCCAGCCCACCUUUGUCUCCCCGCCGCCCCAGUACGACACGGUGCCGCAACCUUCCUCCUCCUCCGCCUCCUCCAUGGUCUCCUCGCUGCGUGCGGCCCCCCUGGACUCCGCGCUCCACGUCGGGGCGGGGACCACCCCGGCCGGCGGUGUUCCGGUCUACGCCACCGUCACCCACCAGCCCCAGCGUGGCGGCGGUGGUGGUGGCGCCCCCCCUCCCGGCUCGCAGCGUCCGUUCGUCCGCCUGGACGAGGAGGUGGAGCCCGAUGACGAAGAGGAGGUGGACGAGGAGGACAUGGCGAUGAUCAUCGCCGACGGGAUGGAUCCCCUAGACCACCACCACCCGCCCAAGCAGAGGGGUUACCUCGUUUAGAGCACUCUCACCUCGUCUUAGACAACUCUCACCUCGUCUUAGACAACUCUCACCUCGUCUUAGACAACUCCCUCACCUCGUCUCUCUCACCUCGUCUUAGACAACUCCCUCACCUCGUCUUAGACAACUCCAACCUCGUCUUAGACAACUCUCUCACCUCGUCUCUCUCACCUCAUCUUAGACAACUCCCCUGCCUCGUCUUAGACAACUUCCUCGUCUUAGACAACUCCAACCUCGUCUUAGACAACCCCCUCACUUCGUCUUAGACAACUCCCUCACCUCGUCUCUCUCACCUCGUCUCUCUCACCUCGUUUAGACCACCCACGCCUCGUCUAGACGACAACUCACACAACACCCACCACCUCGUCAAGACCACCCUCACACCUCGUAAUUCACCCCCCCCUCCCCACCUCGUCUAGAACAUCGUCGCCCACACCACGCUCGUCUACCCCCCCCCCCUCCUCGUCCAAUCAGGAUGGGUGGUAGAAAAGACGUCUUGGGGGUGGGUGGAGCCAAUUUUACAAAUGGUGGAGGGUGGGGUGGUUCCUAAUGGCCGUGUCAGAAUGCUGGGUUCCUUACUGCUUUAGAAACUUAGGUUCAAACCAGAGGUCGCAACCGGGUACCCAAUACCCGUACCCUACCCGAUACCCGGCUACCCGUACCCGGCCGGGUACGGGUACGGGUACCCAUUUGCGACCCUGGUGCGGCCGGGUACGGGUAGGCCGUGAAUCACUGGUGAGUCACCGUUUGUCACUCAUUUCCCAAUGUCUUGUCUCUUCUCACAAUUCAAGUUCCUAGAAUCAACCCACCCGCGCCUGCAACAUGGCUUCAUCCCAGAGGUCGCAAUCGGGUACUCGUACCCUACCCGUACCCGGGCCGGUCACGGGUAGCCGGGUAUCGGGUAGGGUACGGGUACCCGUUUGCGACCCUGGUGCGGCAGGGUACGGGUACGGGUAAGGAAUCAAAACCCGUUUGCAACCUCUGGUUCAAACCCCCUGGGUCCGAGUCGUCUCUCUGCCUCUGUCCGAGGCUCCUAUUGGAUGCGUAAUGGCCGUGUCGGGAGAGAGAGGGUGCUGUGGUUCCCUUCUGCUUGAGAAACUUCGGUUGAUCUUCUUGGUUCUUUCGGUAAAGUCACGUAGAAUGGAAAUAAUAAAAUAAUAAAAAUAAAACAUAAUAAAAUAAUUCUCACGACAUUCAGACGCUGUCUUCUUGACAGACCUGCUCUCCACCUGAGGACAGCUGCUUGCGUUGUCGCCAAAACGUCGUGAGAAUUAUUUUAUUAUGUUUUAUUUGUAUUAUUUUAUUAUUUCCAUUCUACGUGACUUUACCGAAAGAACCAAGAAGAUGAAUCCCUGCAGUCACGAAAGCUUUAAAUCGAAACUUAGGUUGAAAUCCUGGCGGGUCCUAGUCUCUCUGCCUCCGUCUGAGGCUCCUAUUGGAUUCGUAAUGGCCGUGUCGGGAGAGGGCGUUGGGAUUCCAGGGGUGAGUUGUGGGGUCGUUGUUGUUGUCGUCGUCGUUGUUGUUAAAGGGGAACAAAUAAUGAAGGGAUUGGGUUUUAACAGCGAGGCUGUCGUGGGUUUAACUCUCCGUCAACACGCGACAAGCGGCAAACCAACUGGGCCACGCUUUUUGUCUUGCGUGACACAAACACCGCCCCUUCUACGCGAUUGGCUGUGUCGGGUGGUGGUGGCGGCGGUUCUAACGACGACACAACAUUUACAUAUUUACACGAUCUAACAACAACAACAUACACAACUCUUUAUUAGGGAUGAUUGCAAAAGGAAUGUUUUUUUUUAAGCUUUAAUAGCAAAUAUAUAUAUAAGGGUGUUUCGAAAAAUGCUUAACACUUCUGAGAAUUUGCAACAAAUUCCCACAAUAGUUGUUGUGCCUCCUCCUGGCUCUGGAGAUCACCUGGAGAAGAUUGUGGGGAAGGCUCUUUGACGAUUGGAAGCUAUUUAGGCUACAUCUGUCAUCACGUUACACGGUGUCUUAUUAUCCGUCCUUUUUCCAUUAAAAACGAUAGUCCCAUGUUAGCGUUAACAUUUUUUUGAAGCGCACCCCCCCCCCCCCACCUUCCUUGUAUUUAGUUAGUUACAAUUGAGAGGCGCCAAUGCUUCGCUUGUGAAACCAUUCUUCGCCACCGGCUUUUCGGCGUUCACGAGUGUAUCCCGCGAAGGGUUCCGUUCAUUAGUCCAUGCUGGCGUGUGGCGUGCUGUUUUUGUCAAAUGUUUUAGUUGUACAAUUGGUACCGAGCGCGGCCCCGAUUUCUAGGAGCAGCAACAGCAGCAACAACAGCAGCAGCAGAACACGGACCAAUACCAAUACAACCGCCGUUCGGUGACGGGGUCGUCAUUCACGGCGCCCGUGCCAGGCCAGGUGCACUUUGAGACCACGUGAAGUGGUCGCUUUAGACGGGAAAAGGUCUUGGGGCAGACCCCGCCGGUGCCAUUGGGUCAGCUGACCGAGAUGACCGGUAGAUGCACCACCACCAGCUGUACACUCCCCCCCCGCCCGCACCACGCACCCCUACUUUGCCCUACUUUCUGCAUUUUAUCCGCCCGGCACUCCGCUCGUUGUUGUGAGCGUCGCUCCUCUGCCCUCCGUUGUUGUUGCUGGAGGGCGACUGCCUCCACACACGCACACGCGCGUGAAUUUGGUUUUGUGAUUAUUAAGUUGAAAGGUUGGGUACAAAAUACCGCUUAGUUGUAUGGGUUGGAGAGGAUUGCGUUUAAAUGUGGGAAGGAAAUAAUUGGGGCUUUAAAUAAGUUUGCUAAAUAAUUGCUGUGCGAGCAUGUUGACAUCGGUUCGAGUUAUCUGUUGCGAAUGAUUGAAAUAUCUGGCAAAUUUUGUAUUAUCGCUUAAAUAUAUGAGGUAACUAAUCAAUCGAUGCACCUGGUAUUUAAGAGUUGAUUAGUUGCUUGUGAACGCCCGGUCGAUAAAAUCAGCGCGUGUGUAAAAUAUUCGGCUCGCAAUAUAUGUUAAAAUAAUUUGUGAAUAUUUAAUAAUGAUUAUUGUAGGCGUGCUAUUAUUCAUGAUCAAUUAUCGAGGAUUUGUCCAAGUGGUGUUAAGAAAAAAAAAAUGUAUCCGGUUUUAAUGUGCCAGGCUUGUCUUGUGUUUUCAAUAUUUUGCUAAAUAAAUCUUCAGUUCCUGUA